UCCUUGGUUACAAAGAACGCGCGCUGUAAACUCACGGUGCCAGCUUCGUGAAUCGGUGUUCCUUGGUUUCCUGCUGCUUUGACAUGGCAGUUUCUAACAAGGGACAAGUUACACAUCGUGAUCGUCACUUAUUAUCUGCGUGUUUAUGAACAAGACGUCGUGUCCAAUAUCAUACGAGGACCGCCGAUAAGCAACAAGCCAAAAGGGUUACCAAGGUGACGACACGUCGGGACGAGGGACGGCGUUACCUCAGCAGUAGAGACUGUACUCACGCCAGUACUUGAGGGCCACAAGACGUGUGAGAUAGCUUUGCGGACUCGAUGGACUUAGUGACUCGUCGAUGAGGAGACGCGUUCACAUUCUACUGCACAGAGGACAUCCGCUAACUGCCAAUGGAGAAGUAUGAAAAGCUGGCCAAAAUUGGCGAGGGUUCUUACGGCGUGGUGUUCAAGUGCAGACACAGGGACACGGGCCAGAUUGUGGCCAUCAAGAAGUUUGUGGAAUCUGAAGACGACCCCGUCAUCAAGAAGAUUGCAUUGCGAGAAAUACGCAUGCUGAAGCAGUUGAAACACGUGAAUCUGGUCAACCUGCUGGAGGUCUUCAGGAGGAAAAGACGGCUCCACUUGGUGUUCGAGUUCUGUGAGCAGACGGUCCUCAAUGAGCUGGACAAACACCCUCGAGGGGUCCAGGAGGCUCAGCUGAAGAGUAUCGUGUGGCAGACGCUGCAAGCUGUAAACUUUUGCCACAAGCACAAUUGCAUCCACCGUGAUGUGAAGCCAGAGAACAUCCUCCUCACCAAAACCGGAGUCAUCAAGCUCUGCGACUUCGGCUUCGCCCGUAUUUUGAGACCAGAGGAUGACUACACGGACUACGUGGCAACCCGCUGGUACCGGGCCCCUGAGCUGCUGGUGGGGGACACUCAGUACGGGCCCCCUGUAGACGUGUGGGCCCUGGGCUGCGUCUUUGCCGAGCUGCUCCACGGGAAUCCGCUGUGGCCCGGGAAGUCCGACGUUGACCAGCUCUACCUCAUAAGAAAAACUCUAGGUGACCUGAUUCCCCGUCACCAGCAGGUCUUCCGCUCAAACGUUUUCUUCAGUGGAGUCAGUAUUCCUGAACCUGACACGACGGAGCCUCUGGAAAAGCGCUUCCACAGCGCGUCUGCACACGCCCUCCAUGUAAUGAAGUCCUGCCUGGUGAUGGACCCCACGCUGAGGCUGUCCUGUGAAGAGCUGCUGGAGCUGCCGUACUUCCAGGAUGAAGGAGCCAACUGGGGCCGUGAGGGUGAGCGAAUGGGACGACGACACGACAAGGGAACCCGACGCAGACAGCUGGGGGCCCAGUACCUGCCCCAGUUACCAAACAGCAACAUCUCACCAGCACCAGACUUUAAGAAACAGGUGAAGCAUAAAUAUCACCUGCCCAACAUUUAACAAAGCAAAGAGAGGGAGAGACGGACUUGUGUUAUGUUUUUGCUCAUCACUUGAAUGAUAUCCUUUGUGUGACAGUGAAAAAAAGUAUUUUAAUUCUUAAUCCUUUUUGCUUGUCAUGUUUGUUGACUUAAUUGCUUAAUAUUAUUUACACAAUAAAUAAUACACGUUACAGUAUUGUUUUAGUAUGGAAAACAAAAAUACAGCUAGUGUCAGGUUUUUAUUUCUUUCAAAAUGAUAUUCAACAGCCCAUAAAAUCCCCUUUGUGCUUUUUGGGGUUUUUGUUUAUGGUGCAGUUACACAAGAACUGAUCAGUUUCAUAUUGGUUACAAAAAAUUGUACUACAACACAAAUUCACAAGGAUAAUGUUUAUUUCCUGUAAUACGGCUAGAUGAUAUCCAGCAGAGUCACGGGGUGUACUUUAUUGUGCGAUAAUGUACUGUACCUGUUUCCAUUGACCUGAGCGUUCCACAUCACCGCACACUCAAAAUAACUAUAAAUAGCUUAACGUUAUAACAUUAUUGACAAUAAAGUACAGCCUAAUAAAACAAGAUAUAAUUAAUAAAUGCAUGUGUUAGCUUAAAUUUAAAACAUAUAUUUCUGUAAGUAAAAAAAAAAAGUACUGAAUACAUGAUGCAGUUCUACAUAUAAUACACCACAUUUGUAACUUCCUGGUCCGUAUCAAGGUUUAAUUAAAACCCGCCACAAGUUUAUGACAUUGACCAUUAUCUCACACAAGAAAUGUAUCAACACACUGAUAACCACCUGAUACAUCCAGGUGUACAUAGCUGGGAUAAGUGCGCGUCCACGGCUUUCUUAAGUAGACCAUGGUAUCGAUCACUGAUUUACUGAUCCACAACAUAUUAUUCACCCACUGAGCAGCAACUAAUUUUGGAUACUUAUGAGGCGGUGAAGCAAUAAAUAUAUAUGCAAAAAAGGAAAUACGGCUGCUCUUAUUAAUUAGACAGAAAGGGCCUGUCAGACAAUCACGGACCAACUGAAUGCAGAAAGGAUUUAAAACUUACUACUUAAAUGUCAUGGUUUUGGUUAACUUCCUGUUUUAUUUUGUAGUUUUCUUGCCUCUUGUGUCCCUGGGUCCCUUGUAGCGUCAUUGCAUGUUGUGCUUGUUUGCAUGUCUGAAUGCUGAAGUUAAGCGUCUUUGGUUUUUCCCUUGGCGGUUUUUGAUUGUGUGGUUCUUGGAUUUUUUGUUUUGAAGUGGACGAUCAGUCUUUUUGUUGAGAAGUCUCCAUUUGGGUCCAUCCUGCCUCCCUCUGCCCACCUCGUCCCCAACAUUAAAAUCUACUACUACUAAGUUGUAGACUGUUUUAUGUGUUGGUUUUAUUGCUGUAUCUAUGUUUAUGUGCUAAAUGUGCUGGUUUUACUGUAAAGUGUCUUUGAGUAGCCUACCAUGUAAAGCACUAUAAAUAAAAUGUAAUAUUAUUUAGCCUACUUUGCCUUAAAAGUGAGCAGAGGGAAUUAUUAUUCCUCUGGAACACAAUGUGAGAAUGUUUUACAACCACAUGCACAAAUCUCUAUAAGCUGUGUCUAAUUCUAAAUAUCUUUCUACAAUGAAUGUUCAUGCAGAACAAGAAAUAUCCUGGCAACAGGUCAAGAUAAAACAUGAAAACAUUUUUGCAGGCUGGUGCCUUGCAGGUGCCUUAACAGUUUGCAAAUGGUGUAGAAAUGACUUACAAGAUGCCUGCUCACAUAUUAAGCAGUUAAGAAGGCUCAUUUGUCUGGCACUUGGGGGGAGGAGGCACCAGCUCCAGGCUUCACCCCAGCUGAGGAAUUGGCCCUUGUUUUAAACCAAGGCCUGUGAUGUAACGGAUUCCUCAAAUCUAUACCUCUCAUGCAGGUACUUGUCGGGAAAAGCUAAAGGGUCCAAAGUGUCCCGAAAUACACUCUCACGUCUGGAAGCACGUCUUAAUAUCAGUGCUUCUCCAUCCAAAACGUUCAGAAAUUUGCAUCAGGGUGCAAGAAGAAACGCUGGUUGGGGACAACAGAUCUAAAAAACUGCAAUAGUGGGGUUUCAAAUCAAAUAAAUACAGUAUAAUAAUUGUCACGGUUUGGUCUCUUUCCCUGUCUUAGUUUGAAGUUUCAUGUUCCUUGUGGUCCUGGGUUAACUUCACUUCCUGCCUUGUCCCGUGAUUGCCUGAGUGUUUCCACCUGUGUCCAAUCACCUGCACCUCCCUUGUGUAUUUAAGCCCCGUGUGCCUGUUGUCCCUCGUGGCGUCAUUACAUGUCAACCGUUCAUGUGUCAAGUCAAGUCAAGUCAAGUCAAGUCAAGUCAAGUCAAGUCAAGUCAAGUCAAGUCAAGUCAAGUCAAGUCAAGUCAAGUCAAGUCCCGGUUUUUGUCGGUUUUGUUUUCUCCUCCUUCCUCCCCUUUUUUGGUUGGAGCGAUUUUGAUUUUUGAGUUUUUGACAAUUAAAGUCUUUUUAUUUUUCAACUCCGCGUCUGGGUCCUCCCUCCUUGCCCUCGACCUUGUGCCCCCCAUGACAAUAAUAAAUAUAAAAAUCGGUAAAAACGAACCAGUGACAAUGAGAAUGCCCGGUUUCGCUUAAAGUUGCCUUUCUGGUUCAGGAAGUACUGCGGGUUGAAGGACCGAGGGGUCUCCCAGUGUUUCUCCUCUCUCAGCACAGAGUGCAACAUGGGGAUAAUCAUCGUGGCCUAUUGAGGCAAGACAGUUUUUAUCUUGUCGGAAACGUCAACAAUCCAUGCGAGGACAGCGGGAAACCUUGGGAAUUGUGUAACCCCUUAACGAGAUGUCCUGGAGGGCGUAGUGGGGGAGGUUCAUGGGAGCAAUAUUCAUGAGAUGCUGAAUGUAUCCACAAAGGGGAGGGACUUCUUGUCCCAAUCACAGCGUCGAUCUCUUGCUGCAUGUUCUCUUUAAAAUGAGGGAGAGAGUAAUAUAGCCACUACAGAAACCGCUGGUUGAUUCAUCAAUUAACAAAUAGAGUGCAUUACAGUAUAUUGUGUACCUAGAGAAGAUUGAAAAAUGUAGCGAUGGGUUUAAAAUUAAAUGUUACUAUAUAGUUAUAUAAUAUAUAUAAUAUAAUAUAUAUAUAUAAUACAAUACAUAGUAAUGCCUUUUUGAAACCUCCCCAAGUUUGCAUGUAUACUUACACUUUUUACCUGGAUUUCUGUGACAUACCUUGUAUUUUGGGAAACUUGAUGUGCACAUUCAGUGCAAAUCUAAGAGUGGAGCUGGUGGUUUCGGUUCCUGCCAGGUACAGAUUCUGCACCGUUGCCAUUAGGUUCACCUCUCAGAACUCGCUCGUGGGAAUGUGUUGUUGCUAAAGAAACCGAGCAAGGGUCCUGUUUUGGCUGAGACCAGGGUGGGAAAUUUACAUAUUAUUUAGGCCCCCACUGACUGAAAAUCAGGGGCAUUUUAUUAAAAAUUGGGGGGAUUUUUUGAACCUUGUGAAAUAACAUUUAACAUUUGUUAAAAAUAAUAAAUAUACUUCAUUGGGCUUGGUGUAUAUCCAUUUUUCAUCAAUGACAGCAAUAAGAAGGGG